UAUUUAGCACUUCCCCGGACGACGGAGGGAAACAAAAUAGUAGAAAAAAAUGACGGAAACUAUCGCAACACGCCCCGCGCCGGUGGGUUCCUCCACCGUGGCGUCAACUGAGCAGGCAUCAUCCUCCAGCAAGAACACAGCCGUCGUUGCAGACGCAGAGGCACUGCGGAAGAAGCGGGUUCUGGAACUCUGCAUGAACUUUGUCCAGCUCCUCCGAAGAAGACGGUUCAGUUUUUUUGUUGCGCAUACAGUAGUUUUCGUUUCGCAUACAGUUUCGCGGCUGGGCGAGAACAAACAUGCAAAAGGGGGCGCAUGACUCGAGACAGAAGUUCUUUCACUUUUAAAGACAAAGAAGGUUCUUGCCGCGUGUACUUCUGGAUGACCAUCUUGUUGUCGCGGAAGAAUCCCUGUGUUUCGUAGUGUUGUCGAGCGUGUAAGUACUUCCAAUCAAACGACUAAGGUUCAAGCCCGCGUUGGAGAUGGCUGGGGAGAUUUUAAAGUUAGAGCCAAACCAUCCGCAAGUGGUUAUCCUGAGUAAAAACGUCCCCACCCCAUAGUUGUCAUGCAGAUUUGCGAUUACAGGAAGAUUUGCAAUGCGCAUCUCCAUGAGCGGCAUUUCCAAUCGCAUUUUGGAAUUUGUAAUGCUGUAAACGCGAUGAACAGAUGGAUUUGUGAUGCGGCUGCACUUGCUAAACUGCACUACAGGACGGACUGGAAUUUGUUAUGUGUUGCUCCCAAAGCUUCUGGGUUUGUGUUGCUAAGUUCCCAAGUUGACUAUGGGGUGGGGACGUUUUUACAUAUGAUAGUGGUACAGCACCUGGACAUGCUGGAGGAAUUGGCAGCGUCGUCUUCGGAGUCCGACGCGGGUUCCAGUUCCUCCUCCUCGUCCGAUUCCGAGGAGGACGAGCCCGAGCUUCACUACGUGGCCACUCAGCAGUUCAACCCACAAGACUAUCAACAUGAAUUGAAGUAGUGUCCCCACCACCGGCCCACAUGGCAAAGUUUUCAAAUAAAGACUUUUGGUCCGCGUCUUGCACGUUUCUUUGAGCGAAGACUAUCUCUGCUUCAGAUUCAUCUAGGUGCGCGAAGCAGCUCCUACAUGACAAGUCCCCGCCCCGGUGCUGCGCCGUUCGGCAACAUAGACACUCGCUAAUAUUCUUGCUUGCAAGAAAUGUGUCAUGCUGAUAAAAAAUGCCAGGUCGUGGCAAGUGUUUUCAUAAUUGGGAACUGUUGCAAUGCAAACAUUUUCCCUUUCAUCUGGGGUGGGGGCGCCUUUCAAUUUGAUAAAGACGGGGAAGCUGGCUCCACCCGCCCGCCCUCGGUCGGCGGGGCGGCGUCGGAUACAGGGACCGCACCCUCGGAGUAUCCCGUGCGGCGCCUCGACUAGUUUUUGUGAGAAACAAUCUGGAUCACAACUUCAUUCGAAAUUUUUACCAAAUUGUGGCUCCCUCGCGUGCAGCCACACGUGAACUUCUCGACAGGCGAGAUGCAUAUUAUCGAAAUGAAGAGAACUGAUUUGAACACGCAGUGCCUCGCUGUAGCAUCG